AUGUCUCGCCGAUCCGACUCAGGCGCCCCCUCUGCUGAUGCAACAAAAGAUACCGGCUCAGCGCCUGAUGUUCUGUCGAUGUUGGAGAAACAUUUUUCACCAGAUCCCCUCCGCGAGUCGGGCGGAUGGACACCUCGCGCCAGGAAUCAGGCGCCUAAUAAGGAUGAUGCGCCCAUUGCAUCAGUUACCGCGGAGGCGCCGGCAAAGGAUGAUGCGCCCCUUGCAACUGUUACCUCGGAGGCGCCCACUAUGAAAGAUCCCUCAAUCGAGGUUGAGGAGACUCCUCGCCCACAGGCGCCGACAACGGAUGUUGCACCCGAUGCGGUGGCGCCAUCAAACCCCGCACCGAGUAAGUGGUUCUAA